AUGGUGAAGGACUUUCAAGACAUCCAGCAGCUGGACUCUGAGGAAAAUGACCACCAGCUGGGUAGAAGUGAGGGGCCAGGCCCUUGUGGGCAGAAUCCCAGAAGAGAAGAUCCGUUUUGGAAAGGGCCACCUCCCCCUCAGCCCUUCCUGUGGCGUCUUUGCUCCAGGCGCUGCCUCAGCCUGCUUGCCCUGGCCUUCAACAUUUUGCUGCUUCUGGUCAUCUGCGUGAUUGGGUCCAAAAGCACCCAGAUGCAAAGGGAGCUGCGGGCUCUGAAAGAAACUUUCAACAACUUUUCAUCAAGCACCCUGCUGGAGAUCCAGGCUCUCAGCUCCCAUGGAGGCAAUGCAAGUGAUAGGACAACAUUUCUGGAAGCCAAGCUGGAGAAACAGAAUCAGGACCUGAAAUCAGAUCAUGCCAGCUUGCUCCUUCACCUGAAGCAUUUCCCAGUUGAUCUGCGCAUCCUGGCGUGUCAGACGGCGUACAUCAAGAGCAAUGGCACAGAAUGCUGCCCUAUCAACUGGAUGGAGCACGAAGGCAGCUGCUACUGGUUUUCUCGCACUGGAAUGACCUGGUCUGAGGCUGACAAGUACUGCCAGCUGGAGAAUGCCCAUCUGGUCGUCGUCAACUCCAAGAAGGAGGAGAAAUUCAUUCUACAGCACACGAGCCCCUUCCAUACAUGGAUAGGACUCACCAACAGUGAUGGCUCCUGGAAGUGGGUGGAUGGUACUGACUAUGAGAAUGGCUACACGAACUGGGCUUUCACUCAACCAGACGACUGGAAGGGGCAUGAGAUGGGAACAAGUGAAGACUGUGUUGCAAUCCAGUGGGAUGGCCGCUGGAAUGACAAUUUCUGCCAGCAAUUGCACCGUUGGGUGUGUGAGACCAAAUGGAACCGGACUGCUGGGAGUCUCUGA